AUGGCUAAUAUAUCUCUGGAGGACCUGGAUGCCGAGCAUCUCCAGCCUUUACGUCAAGCUCUCUCGAACGUACUCUCUACACCAGUCGCCGAGUCCACGUAUGCCCAGGUCAUAGACGGCAUGCCAUUAUCGGCUACCGUCCAAGCAUAUCAGAACACUGCGCCUGGAUCGGUGGCCUGGAAACUUCGGCUGCUCGAACUCCUUGCAGUCGCGAUUCACGAUAUUGCCGCCAUGCUCUGGAGCUUGGACGAUGGUAUUCACAAACACGCAGAGCUUGAGGCCUGGCGCACAAGUAGACUUGAAAGCGGGCCGCUGGACGCCAAUGAGGAAGUUAAAUUGCCGCCCCAUACCUGGUUCUGGCACUAUGACUAUGAAGACCACAAACAGUAUCCCAAAGGGGUCGCGGAUGUCGUCGGUUACUGGGCGGAAACACGAAUAUUUGGAGGGGUCGUGCUUUUCGACCGUGGCGAGAGUGAUGAGGAGUGCAACGGGGUUUACUUGCAUAAUGCGAAUGUCUCCAUGUACGGCUACACGAUUGCACCCCCGACGGAAGACCAGUUCAAUGACCUGUUGGGCUUCCUCCUUUCUCCGAGCCCGGACACCGCUCAGAGCCCCCUCCCUAUCAUCAUCACUCCCGCCAACAAGUGGCGCUGGGACCCGUGGGAUGCCAUGGAAACCUACCACAUCUUCCGGGACCGCUAUGAGAGGAAGCUGCCCCCGCGCCAUCUGUACCAACGCAAGCAUAACGUGAAGGUUAAGGAUUGGCCGGAGCUCGCUGACAUAUCGAUCCUGAGGAGGGAGGAUUUUUCGGGAAUACCCGUCUCAGAGGCCGAGAAGGCUGCUGCGACGGAGCGCCUGAAGCAAAUCACGCCGUCGUCCCGGUACUGGCAGCGCUAUGGGAGUGAAUCAAAAAAAGGACGACGGCUCAAUGCUUAG